UCCUCCUAUCUACGGCACUAAGGGGGUUGAGGUUGAAGGGUGGGGGUGAUAAAAUGUAAAUAAAAACAAGCACGUUAGUAAUGCAGGGAGAAAAAUUAAACUUCAAUUGAUUUAAGAUUUUUAUUGAAGAUCAAGUUACUUUUAUUUAUUCAUAAACGCCAUACCUCGCUGAAAUUUUACUUCGUAUGAAUUUCUAAAACAAUAUUUUUUUGCUAAGCUGAGAUUAAGAAGUUUAUAUGUCCACGUCUACUUACGGAAGAGCCGGAUUUUCGUUGUUCCCAUUUUUAUGACUAGAAAUCUUUGUUGAUUUUUUCUCUCACAUAACAAGAAUUUUUCUUGUAAUUAUUAAAUUUUGCUAAAUUACUCUUCGAGAUGUUUAUUUUCAGCACUUUAUGAAACUUUAGUCAUUUGAUUAUAAAUGGGUGCAGGAUUUCGAUUCAAUGGCUUCUUUUCAGUUCACUGUUGAACAAAUAAGUUUUGCAUCUGAAGAUCUUCCCAUUGACUCCUCAUCUCUUGAUUCUCUUUCAAGUGUCGUUGACCCGAAUGUAGAUUUUGCUUUAGAUUCUAAGCUUGAUGAAAAUGAGAAUAAAGGAAAAAAUUUAACUCAUAAGUCAACUGCUGUAUCGUUUAACAUUCCUAAAGAAAACAUAAUGGAGAAAAAUACCCCUGUAUCACCUGUUAAUUCUCAAAAAGCUAUUGAUUCUGUACAAAUGAUAGAUUCUGUUGAGCAAUCUAGUUAUCCAACAAUUCCAAUUGCUGUUGCACAUGUCAUCAACCAAAAUAAUCCUGAAAUCUUUAAGGAAGCUGGGAGAUAUUUUAGUUCUGGAAAUUUUAAAAGACUGUCUGAUGCCAAUGAUUUAGUUUCUCAAAGCAUUACUAAUUUCUCUCCUCUUCACUCAAUGUCUGCAACAUCAGAAGCAUUGGCCCUUCAGCAAAGUGUUAUAGGUAAUCUGGAUGUAAAGCCUGUGUCUGUAGACAUUGUUGCUCAAGUUGUUGCCAAUACCAGAUUGCAACUUGAGAAAAAAGAGCUUACUCACCCCAUUAGUGUUGAUACUGAAAAUGAAUCUUCUCCUGUGACUGAACAAAAUUUUUCUACUUUAGAAAAUAUAAAUCCUGAAAAUACUCCAAAAACAGAACUUAUUAGAUAUCCAUCAGAUAUUAUUUCUUCUACAGUAGAGAAACGUUCCUGGUUUUCUAGUAGUUCAUCCUUUGAAACACCCAGUGAUAAUUUACCAAAAAUGAACUUAAACCAAUCACUUAUUAAAAAUCACUCACACAGUAGAAGCAGUAGCCAAAGUAGUAUUAAUAGUAUUAGUUUCAAAAAGAGUAUGCGAACAAAUGUAUCAGAUUUACCAAGAGUUCAUUCUUCAAAAAAUUCUAAACUUCAAAAACUCCCACAUUUCAUUAACCCUGAUUCUCCUUAUGAACGAUAUCCCGAUAGUUCUAACGAUUAUGAGACAGAGUCUAGUGUAUAUGACCUUGAAUCUUUAUGCUCAGAAGCUUUUGAGACGGAGUCUAAUUUCUCUGAAAUAAGUGGCGUUGAUGACGAAAUAUUUCAAAUACGGAAAGUUUCUCACAACUCUAAAGGAGUUUUCAACGAGUCCGACUUAGAAAGGAACUAUUUUAUUCCAUCUAGUCAGAAUGGCAUAGUUAAAAAAAAUGCCAAUACUUCUCCUUUGAAAUCAUCCAUAUCUUUAACAUGUGAUAAAGCUACAGAAACUGAUGAGACAAAUUUUCAAUUGCUGAGAGAAAAGGCUAACUUAGAAGGGCGUUUGGAAAGUGUAACAAAAGAACAACGUGAUUUAAUUAAAGAACGAGAUUAUUAUCAAUCAUUGGCAACUUCAUAUGAAGCCCAAGUAAAAUCACUGCAAGGUCAAUUAGAAGCAACAACAGUAGAGAAAAAGAAUGCUUUAAUUCUUUAUGAUUCCCAAACUAAAGAACACAAUAAUUGGGAUAAUAUUAUUAAGGAGUACCAAAACAUAAUUGAAACUAAAAAUGUUGAGAUUAAAGCACUUAAAGAUGAUCUGUCUGAAAGUGAACAAGCCAACACUCGAACAAGAAUUGGCUGUGAAGAACUAAAGGUUGACAUGGAUUCAAGAGAUGCAGCCAUUGCUGGGCUGAAGAAAAAAAUAGCAGAGCUUCAUGUUGAAGUACAGAUUCAUCUUCAAGGCAAGAUACAGCUAGAAAAUGAAGUGAAAAAUGUCCGUCUGGAAAUGGAAACUCUACAAAAAUCCAAAGAUUGGUUCCAAGAACAACUGCACUCAACUCAAGAAAAUCGAAACAAGUUGCAUCAGCAACUGAUCUUCACUCAAAAUGAAUUGAGUGGCCUCGGUAGUAAGCUCGAAUCAGCAUUAAGUGAGAAAAGCCAAUUAAAAUUAGAAUUGAGUCAUUUGCAGCAGAGAGCUGUGGCAGAGAAAGAAAUUUUAAUGAAACGUUUAGAAACUAUUGAAGCCGAUAUGAAGGAGCGUGAAUCCUUAUUUGAUGAAAUACAGAAAGAUAAGGGUUCUGCAGAGGACUCGCUCAUCGAACGAAUUCGUAAGAUGGAAGAAGAAAAGUCCAAUUUGAUGGCUCUCUCUUUUACAGUUUCUGAUCAGGAAUAUCAACUGAAAUCUUUAACUGGUCAAUGUGAGGAAAAAUCCAAUUAUAUACAAUCGUUAGAAAAAGAUAAGGCAGAGUUAAAUAAGCAGAUAGCAAUAUUGCAGAAAACAUCCUAUGAUAAAGAUAUAGAGGUGCAGCAACUCAAACAAAAUGUUAAAGACGUAAAUAUUAAAAUAACUCACCUAGAAACAGCUCUCCGUCAUUCAGAUGAGGUAAUUAAUACUUUAAAAGACGAAAGAACAGCCACUGAUGUAGCUUUAGCCGCUGCUAAUGAAGAAAAGCGAAUAGUCAAUGAGUCGCUGAAGACGGUUAGUGAAAACCUGAAUAAAUUUCAAAGUAACUUUAAGCAUAUGAAAACAGAAUUGAUUUCUCAAACAUCUCGAGCAGAACAGUUGUUGAAAGAAAAAACUUUGAUGGAGGAAGUCAUAAGAAAACACAACGAUAAUACUCAACUGUUACGGCAAGAAUAUGAGCAGAAGAUAUUAUGCGAAACUCAAAAUCAAGGUGUCUUGCUGGAUGAUAUGUUAAAGAAAAAGAGUGAUGUUGAAAGUGUACUUACUGUAUAUAGUAAAGACUUGCUAAACUACCAACAGCUUGUAGAGAAAUUGACCAACGAAAAAUCAAAUCUAGUUUCCAAUAUUUCCGAAAUGGAACUACUGGUUAAAAAUGCUGAAGCUAAAGUCCAAACUUUAAAUGAAGAAAAUGCUUCAUUGAAAAAAGAAUUGGUUAUUUUUGAAAAGGAGCAGAAUGUGUGUCAAGUAAAAUAUGUAAAUAAUGGUGUUGAAAAUUCUGAAUUGCCAACACCUGAAGCGAUAAACGUUAAAAAAGCAUCGAAAAGUAAAUCUUUAUUGUAUAAAAAGUUGAAAGAAAAGAUUAAAGAGUGUAAGGUGCUUAAAGAUGAAUUAGAAGAACUGCGUAGUACUUUAGCUGAAAGUGUGCCCUGUGAUAAUUGUGCAAGCAUAGAUCUGAAUCAAGAUAAAAUUGCUAGUAGUGAGAGAAGAAUUGUGGAAUUAGAGCAUCAACUAAAUCAACAGUCUGAACUUCUUGAAGAAAAAAUAGCUCUAUUAAAAAAAAGUGAAGACACUAUUAUUGAACUUGAGAAAGAAAAGGGAAAAGCUAUAGGUUUUGUAGAUAAGUAUGAAAUUCUUAAGCAACACAUGACUGAAGUGGAACAAAAGCUAUCGGAAAAAGAGUCCUCAGUUGUGCAGCUAACUUGUUCAGUUGAAGAUCUAAGGAGACAAUUGUCGGAAAUGGAAGAAAAUACUAAAAAUCAAAUCUUUACACUUGAAUCUGAUUUAAAAAAAGAAAAAGCUUGGGUCAAGGAUUUAAGGAAUCAAGUAACUAAAGAAGAAAGAGCAAAUUCUCAUCUGCAGCGAGAUGUAUUAACUCUAAAAUCUGGUUUGGAACAAGCCAAUCAACAUGCAGAUGCCAAAAAAUUAGAUAUAUCAACAUUGCAGGCUGAGUUAUCUUUGAAAGUUCAAGCUGAGUUAAAGCAUAGAGCAGAGUUAGAACACCUGCAAACAGAAAUUCAUUUACAACAUUCAAUAGUAGACAAGUUGAAAAAAGAAUUAGAAGAAGUCAAAGCACGGGAUCCUGCUCUUGCUGAACAAUUGAAGGCUCUUAGUUGGAGAGUAAAAGAAAAAACAAAUGAAGCUGAAGCUUUACGUGAGAAACUCAAAUUGAUAGAAGAGAGAUAUCAAUCAGAAGUUUCAACUUUAAAGAAAAAUAUGCAAGAAACGGAAGUUAUGCUUAAUAAUAUUAAAAAGGAGCUUAAUGAAACGAGAAAAGAAAAGUUUAGUUACCAGUCAAGAGUUAUUGAGCUUAGAAAAGCUUUAAAAUCAAAGCUAGUAGAAUUAGAAUCUAAAGGUAUAUUGAAAGUGGAGAACAAAUCUUCUAGUAGUGGACCAAUUAUACAUUUAAAUAUCCCUGAUCCAGAAUCAACUUUUGAUGAACAAUAUGUUAAUGAUCUUUUACAGAAAAGCAUGAAAUUAACUGAGAGCAGGCCUCUCAGUAACCUUCAAGAUUGUCUGAACUCCCUAAAAGAAGAGAUGAUGAAUUUGCAACAAAAGAUCAUUGAUAGUGUUGAUAAUGAUUAAUAUUUUUUUCAAUAAUUUCAAUAAACAUAACCUUUAUUCCA